AUGCAGCACGAUGUACUUGUUGGACGUGGAGAUGUCGAGAAGGAGUUAAUAACUCGAUUAACCGACAACGAGGAGGAGAAAAGCCUCUGUGUGAUUUCUCUGGUGAGCGAAGAAGCGCUUGGAAAGACGGCACUGGCAAGGAAUGUCUACAACAAAGUAGACAUUCGGCAGCAUUUCCAAUGCCGUGCUUGGCUCCACGUCGCCAAAGAUUUCACAUACAAGGAUCUGUUGCUUGCAAUAAUCAAACAGAUUCCAAUAUGUGGCGUAUUGGCUGACGUGGAGCUUAUGAGCGAGCACCAACUGUCGGCUUUGCUUUUCCAAAUUUUAAUAGAGCUCUGCACUCCAUUCACUGUUGUUGCGAAUGGAAGCAGAGUCAUCCUCACUACGCGCGACUCUAAGGUUGCAUCUGAGGUUGACCCGUGGGGUCACCCAUUGAAACUCAUGAGGUUAUCUGAUGAGGAGAGUUGCAAAUUGUUCUUGAAGGUGGUAAAUGGGGCAAAUCAUGAUAAUUUGAACAAUUUCAAGGUAGGAAUUGUGAGAAUAUGUCGCGGUUUGCCUCCAACAAUUGUCCUGCUUGGAGGAUUGUUUUCGAGCAUACAACCGAAUGACGAGUGGUCCGGUGUAACUGAUCAUCUUUCACAGUACUUGGGGGAUGAUGAUCAAUCAGUUGAUCUCUUGACUAUCGUAGCUUUAAGCUAUCAUGAGCUACCGUAUGUGUUAAAGCCGUGUUUCCUUUGUUUGACUCUCUUCCCUAAAGCGUAUGAGAUUCCUACGCAAAGGUUGUUGCAGUUGUGGAUUGCCAAGGAAUUUAUUCAAAUAUCAACUACUACCACGACUAGUGUCCUUGAACCUGAAGAUCUGGCCAAGGCAUAUUUGGAAGAACUAGUAUCGACAAACAUGAUUGAAAUAGCCACAUGGAAAGAACACGGAAGCCCCAAAACAUGUCGAAUGUCGAGCUUUCUUUACAAUGUCUUCUUGCCAAAAGAUGAGGAUAUAGGAUUUCUUCAAAUCCACCAUUGCAAUUCACAUGUACAUGAGUCUAAUCAGAUUAUUCGGAGGCUUGCAGAUCAUUAUGUUGGGGUCAAGUCUACUUUGGAGUCUCAUACUCAACAUCUAUGCUCGUAUGUUUCAUUCGAAGCCCAAAAACAAGGUACAUCUAACAGAGAAGCAAAGAACCUUCGACAUCUCUUUAUGAACGAGGUGUCAAUUGCGAAGCCAUCAUCAAAAGAGUCUUCACGGACAAACCUUCAGACCUUAAUGGGCCUCCUGCUUGGUGCUAAGGACCCUUAUGAAUACGGCUUAGAUUGGUUCACCAGCCUUCGGAAAUUGGGAGUGUCAUGCCAUCCAAAAUCAGCAGAGAAAACAGCCAAGUGCAUAUCAGGACUUGACAAACUCCAAACCUUAAGAUUGAGAUCAAAAGAUUGA